AUGCAAGCCAGAGAUUGCAAGUGUCAUCGCUUGGCAAUUAGCCUUAACGAAACUUUGAACAGCAAAAAUUUUGAAGCAAACUUUCGAAGAGCUGUUCAGUCGCUAACCGCUGAAGAAUGUGCCAGGGCUGCGAGAUUUCGUUAUAAAGAUGAUACACUUGCCUCCAUAUUGGGACGUCUUUUUCUUCGUCAGGCUACAAGACGCUUUUCAAACGUGGAAUGGAAUACGAUUGAAUUUGGGCGAACAGAAAAAGGAAAGCCAUAUCUGCUGAGUCCAAGUAAUACAAAAUAUGGUUUCAAUGUAUCACAUCAGGGAGAUUAUGUAGCAUUCGCAAGUAGUUGUUCAUUGAGGGUUGGUGUAGAUUGCAUGCGAUUGGAUAAAGAAAGAAAUAAUAAAUCAGCUGAUGAUUAUAUCACAUCAAUGGCAAAAUCAGCUGGUCCGGAAGAAUUGAGGAUGAUGAGAACUCAACCAACCGAUCAAAUGAAAAUGAUUUAUUUCUAUCGAUACUGGUGCUUAAAAGAAGCAGUCCUUAAAGCAACCGGAGAGGGUUUACUGUCAGACUUAAGUCGAUUGAAUCUUCAUAUUGAACCAAGGGAACGGUAUCGACCGAGAUGUUUCAUUACAUCAACUACUGUGUCAUUGGAUGGCAAAUUUCAAGACGAAUGGAUCUUGGAAGAAACAUUUAUUGAUGAAAUGCACAAUGCUGCGGUCUGUCGUGAAAAACGAUUGCCAAACCAUUGCAUGUAUUCGCUAAAUCCUGAUACACGAAUAUACUUUGGUUUUGUCGAUAUCAGUUUCUUACUCGAAGGUGCUGCUAUUCUAAAUCCUCUGCCUGAGGACGGCGCUGCUGAAUGGGUAAAUUUCAACGCCAAACCAAGGAAGCUCUUUUAA